UAGUGUCAACAAGAAAGUCACAGAAGAUUUGAAAAACGGAGGGAAAAAUACCUUGGAAAUUACCAUUCGACUGAAAAACCAUUCCUUUCGGACAGUUUUAUGAGUAUUCUAAGCGUAAACCAAGUCUCCAAACAUCUUUGGUGGGGAAUUUGUAGAGAUUUGACGAGUCACAUGGAUGUAAUGUAAAACUUGUCAUGCUUCAAAAUCCUGCAAAUGGUCUUUGACUUUUGAAGCCAAAAACUUUGGUUUUGUGUUAUAUUUUUGGUUAUCCUGGUCAUGAGCUGGAAUUAGGAGUUUAAUAUGAGUCGUAGAUCGAGUGUUAGUAGCACUGGUAGCGUAAGCACAAGUGCUAAAUCUGGAGUUGAAGACGACCCUCUUAUGAGAGAUUGUUAUGAUCUGAGACGAAGAUUACUUCAAACUGAACAGUCACUGCAAAAUAUGAAGCCUCCUACAAUGAUUCCAAGUGAUAAGUCCAGAACAUCCCAGAGAAGCCAACCAAUGUCAUAUGAAAGAAAGAAAGGAAGUGCAGAAAAAGAAAGAGAAAGAGGGUAUCAUCUUAGUCCAGAUGAUCUCAGCAUAAGUGCACCCAGUAGGAGCUACUCAUCCUCACCAGAGAGUGGUGGUCAAAUCUUGACCUUGGCUGACCUUACACCUCCUGCCUCAGACCCAGGCAUGUCACAUAUCAGAAGAGGGAACACCCCUCUAAUUGGUGCAUCUUUUAAAUCAUCACUUCCUGACCUCAGAAAUGGCUCUGCACUAUCUACACCAAGGGACCGUGAGAUGGACAACAGGUCAUUUUCUAGUGAUUAUGAUCAUGAUACUCUCAGGAAAAAAUUGAACAAACACAGGGAGGAGAAUGCCCAGUUAGUCAGCCAAAACCAUAAACUCAUGUCAGAACUGGAAAACUUGAGUUUUGAACUACACCAGGCAAGAAAUAAGAAUAAGAUUAUGAGUCAUGAUUUGGAAGAAGAAAGAAAACGUGUCCAGUCACUUGAAGACAGGAUCGUCAGUUUGGAAUCACAACUGGCAGAUCAAGAAGAUCGUGCAAGAAUGAAUGAACAUAACUUCAAAGAAUGCCAAGAGGAGCUUCAUUCUAAAACAGAAGAGUUGAGAAGUGUAGUUGAACAAUCCAGUAUUACUGAAACAGAGCUCAGAGAAGAGUCUAAACUACGUAAAAGAGCUGAAAUCCAGCUACAAGAUGCUAUGCGAAGCGUUGACGAGUUGUCAGAGAAAUUAGCUGACCAAGAAGAAUCUAUUAGGACAAUCAAGAAACAGAAUGCUGAUAAAGAAAAGAGUCUCAGAGACAGGCUUACUCAGUCGCAGAAAGAAUGUAACGAAGCCUAUGAAAAACGUGCUGCAAUGGAGGCACAAUUGCAGGACUUAAAGGAAGAAAUAAGACUUCUACAGGAUGAAGGGACCGUUCGCGAGGACACCCAAGCAUCCUUACAACAAGAAAACGCCAGUCUUAGAGCAACCAUCUCGCGACAAAGUCAAAAGAUAGGAAGACUAGAGAACGAGCUGAGAAAGACGGACUUUCAUGUCAGGGAUCAGAGCGAUGACUUAAACGAUGUGGUCGAGAGACAGCGACAAAGAAUUCUACAGUACCAACAAGAGAUAGAGGAGACCAAACGACACAUGGCAAGACUAGAGGACCUGGUACACAGAGUACAAGAACAGAGUAUUAAAGAACACGUGAAUGCCACGCCCUCUACCAGUGACAGUGGAAUAUACAACAGCCACCAGAGGGUCAAUGGAUACAGCAAUAGCAGCCCAGGCAGUGAUGGUAGUUAUCUAAAUGGAGAUGUCUUGAUGGACGGCGAAGGACACACGCCCAGCAGUCCUGGUAAAACCAGAGCAUUAGUAGCAGAUCUGAAGCUCAAGCUCGCUAUGAAGGAGGCAGAGAUUCAGAAACUACAAGCGAGUGCUGUGGCAAGAGCAGCAGCUCAACAGAAACAUAUAGCUGGUUUAAGCAGUGACGGUGGGACCAUGGAUGGUCUUCGAUCAGAACUGUCCGCCAUUGUAGAACGAAGUCGAAUGGGGGAUCGCAAACAGCACGAACUCGAACAAACAGUUACUCGACUCGAGGAUGAGAUAUCUCGAUACUCUAUGCAGAACAUCCAGUUAGAAGAACGACUAGCCGAUAAGAUGUCACAUAUCGCAUCACUUGAAGGAAAACUUGGACAAAGAAAUUUGAGAAUUGUAGAUGUCCAGAAGAACUUGGAGGAGAAGGUAGCAGAAGUGAACGACUUACUGAGGGAGCUUCGACAAAAGGAGGCGCAAAUCAAUCAACUUGAAAGACAAUUAGACAGCAAGUUCUCCGAACAAAGUCAUAGAGCGGACAAGGUGAAGGAAAUCCAAGAUGAAUUGAGAGGAAAAAUUGAUAAAAUCGAUGAACUGGAAGAAGCGCUGAGUGGAAAGAACAGAGAGUUACAAGAUGCUGCAACUCUGAUUGAGAAGAUGAAGGGCUUACACGCAGAACACUGUGAUGAACUACAAGAACAAAUAGAACAGAUUCAAAAGAAACUUGAAGACAAGAGUGUCGUGGUUAUCCAGCUGGAGACUGAGUUAACAGGAACACGUCAACAGCUCCAACUAAGAAACUCUAUCGCCGAACAGCUCGAACGAAAUCUAAAAGAACACGCUGAGAAGUUAGAAAAAAGUGAACAACAGAGCGAACUGCAUAAUCAGAAGUUCGGUGAGAUGGAGAGUCAAGCAAACGACGCUACUAAACAGAUGAAACACUUACAGGCAUCCCUGGCUGAAUGUCAGAGAGAGAUCAAGGUUUAUCUACAGCAACUGGAAGAAGCGAGGAAAGAACAUGAGGAUGAGAUAAAUGGUGCAAAUAACGAGAUCGCGCAGCUUCGAAACGCUUUACAACAGACGACAACCGAGGUGGAACAAAAAACAAUUUACAUCGAAAAACUCGAGAAAGCUGUGUCAGACAGACAAGCAAGCCUCGAGAAGGAACAAGAACGCUGCAGAGAAUUACAAGAAUCACGAACCCAUCUACAGCAACAGGUUUCCCUGAUCGAAGAGGAAAUUCACAGAGAACGCAACACCACGCAACAGGAUUCUCUCGAGGCACAACACAGGUUGAAUAAAACGGAAAGUGACCUCGAAACCAGGACAAGAGAGGUGAACGAACUUAGCUCCACUCUGAAAGAAAUUCACCGAGAUAUGAAAGAGAGUUCUGCGAGAGUGAUAGAACUGGAACAACUUCUACAGGAUAGUAGAUCGCAGAAUGACAAGAAGUCUGCGCAGUUACAGACCAUAGAGUUGGGAUACAAAGAAUCGCGCUCACAAUUGACUCAACAAACCAAGAGGAAUGGAGAAUUAGAAGAACGAAUAAGACAUCUGGAAGAUGACCUGAGGGACAAGGAUGAACAAGUUGCGCAGCUAGACAAAGAGGUCAACAAAAUUGAGGGAGAUUUAAAAGACACCAUUUCGCAACUGAAGUCGCUGGAAGAUUUGCUACAAACUAGUCAACAUGUCAUGGAAGAAAAGGAGAAGAAAGUCAACGAACUGGAUAAAAUGUUGAAUGAAAGUGUAGAGGAACUUCAACAGAAGGAAAAAGAUAUUAAAGUGAAAGAAUCACAGAUUGCCGAACUGGAUCAGGCUUUGAAGGAAAGUCAGAAGGAAAUCAAAACUAAAGAUUCCCAGGUUUCACAGCUAGACAUGACAAUGAAGGAACACAGAAGUGAACUGCAACAGAAAGUCGUUGUCCUGGAACACUCACUGAAUCAAGCUCGAUACGAACUGAGUGAAAGAGCAGUCGAGAUCGCAGAAUUAAAGGCCAAACUCGACCAGACACAAGAUUCUCUGAGACAGAAAAAGAACCGCUUGGAACAUUACGAAAAAACAGCCAAGCAACAACAGCUUGACAUGAAGAAAAGAUUGGCACAAAUAGGAGAAUUAACUAAAGAAGCCGAGAAGCUGCGAAAGAGGAAGCAAGAAACAGACGAAAUAAGUCAAGAACUAAGACUAUCUAGAGAGAAUCUACAAAAUACUCACGCAGAACUAAUGGAAGCGCGUCGAGACCUCCUGAAGUACCAGCGCAGAGAACAAGAACUAAUCCAGGAACUAGACGAAGCUCAUACCUUACUCAAUGCUAAAGAACACGACUGUACACGACUUGCAAAGGAUCUUGGUUCGGCACAGGUACGAGAGGCAGAAGCUGAAGCAAGAUGUGUGCAGGAGAUGAGAAAAACAAAUCACCAACACGAGAUGAAGCAAGUCUCACAGGAACAAGAGUUGAAGAGACUCCAAGAAAGCCAUGCUAAGAUGCUAUCACAACGAGAGGAAAUGCAGGCGGAGCAACGUCUCGUCGUGAACGAGCUACAAGAGAAAGAGAGACUUCUAACCCAAGAACUGGCACACUGUAAAGAAGAGAUGACCACCCUCGUAGAAGAGAACAAACACCUUGCGUCUCAACUCAAUGUUUAUCAAGACGAUUUGAAGGCCAUUAAUGAAGCCUUGGUUAUUAAAGACGCUGAGAUUGCACGGUUAGAAGCAAGAAUAUCUGGAUACGAACGAGCAAUGUUCGGUACUCGACCUCACUUUGAUCGACUUGGAGCAACCUCCCCUCGACCGUCCCCUCGACUACAACCAGCGCACGGAUCACAUGUUCGACGCGUGACAUCGCCAAGGUCACUGGCCGACUACAAUCACACAGGACUAACCAAAAGCAUUUCUGACCACAAUCUUCAUAACCUGUCAGAGAAUUCAGUGUUUAGUUUGUUGGACAAUGACGAUUUCUUCGAUUCGCGUGACAACAUCUUUCCAGAACGAGGCGCCCCUAAUAACAGCAUGCAUGUACGGUCACGCACGUUCGACAACAGAAGUCACGCUUCGUCACACAACGGACCAACGGGAAUCGAGAUUCUUGAUAAUAUAUUGGAAUCAGACAAAGUACCUCUGCUAAUGUCACCUUCAAGAACUGACAGGAUGCAUGCAAAAUCUAUGAAUUCGACGUCUUCAUCUCCGCCUCAGAGACAGGAAGCUAGACGCCACGAUAACUCGGGCAAACAACAGACCUUGAAAGAGCAGCUUGAAAAUAAAAAGAAGGCGGCAGGCCUGGUACAAGAGAAUGGUGUCGACGGAAACGGUCUUGACCCUACUCAAUGUCGCGCAAGCCUGGAAGAACGUCUACGAGCCAGCGAGGAACGACGGAAGCAAAUCGACAAACAAUUACACACAAUGCAAUCUACUAUGACAUAGCUGGGACGCUGAGAGAAACAACUCGACAACGCCAAGCUCAGCGACAAAAACUUUGUAAGAUAUACAUAUGAAGGGGGACAUUGGGUAAAUAAAACCCCUUGCUCCUCCCCUCCGUCUUUUUUGCCAUCAUUCUCUUCUUGCCAAUACGCAUGCGUACGACUGCCAUGAUAUUGAUAUGACAGUAGAACAGAGAAAUCACGGGAAGAAAAUAAUGAUGUCCGUGGAACGAUCCAUGUAGCGUAAACGAUUGGUGUGUAUUCGAUCAAAAUGCUCGGACAGCACUGUCACGUCACACAAAAAAAACAGCAAAAAAAAAACUGAGUUUUUUGUCUAAGUCAACCAAAAUGGCGGCCAUGAUGUCACAUGCUUCCGAAGAUUCAUACAUUCAAGACUCAUUUUUUCCUUAAAACUUUUGGUAAGAAAAAAGGGGUAACAGGCAGUUUGCCUUCUUUUUAAAAAAAUUGCAUUCCUUGGAAAACAUUGCCAUUACAAAUCUAUGCAGCUAUGUAAAUAAGAUAUUAUUAUUUCAAACGCGAAACAUAUAUACAUACUCAACAAAGAUAUCUAUAGUAAUCCUGUAUGGUAGAGCCUAUAUAGCACACAGUUGAUGUAAUGUAUUCAGUAAAUUUAUUGUAUUCUAUUGUCGUUCUAUCUAUUGUAUUAGGUGUGAUUCGCUGUAUUUUUAUGAAUACAUAACAUCAACUGCUUGCUACGUAGGCUCUCCCAAUCCUCCUGUAUAGAGUUUAGGACGUUGGCUUGAUUAAGGGGUCCUAUUGAUAGCUCCACAGCUGUGCGUGUGCCAUGUCAUAUACCAGAGUGAAUAUUACCGGUCGACUGUAGAGUAACUAUAUUUGACCUGACUUGUAAAAAGUAUACAAUUUUGAAAAUAAUAAAAAAGG